GGUUUCCCCGACAAAAGUACAGGGGAGGAGGGGUUGUUACAGUAUUGUUGCGUCCUUGUGCCAACACCACCAGGUGGAUCCGGUGAACAGCCAGGUUUCUGGCAUUGCUUGAAWCCAAUUGCAACUAUUGCGGCUUGUCCGCUGUCGUCUCGGAAAUGAUUCGGUGCAAACCUCUCGGUUCCCGGAGGUCCCCCGCGAAACAAGCACCGGUGCAGAACACGUGCCUCCGAGUGCUGCUUGCGGUUUGUCUCGGGCUCGCGGCGUCAAUUUGCACCGCGGACGCCUUGGCGGUUCCCGGACCACCGUCCCCCCCGCAUCGCCAGCGACCACCGCCCGCGGUUCGAUGCCGUUGCGGUCCGAGCAAYGGGCGAGACUGCCGCGUGGAUGCGGCGAGUGCGGGGAAAGGGGACGGCAGCGAGGGAGAUUUCUCCGCAAGGGACGACGCGGCGGGAGGAGGAAACCGGGGGAGSGGGGGAUGGGUCUCCRUCGAGGUGCGGAGAGAGGUUUUCUUUCCCCCCGCUUUCGCGUCGGAGCACGAAGGYGAUCCCCUCGCUGCGGCCUCGAGCUGUGUUCGAGAGGCAUGGCUGGAGCACCACUGGAAAAGGGGGGGGGGGCUGCCCAUACUCGUUUACGAGAAAAAACAAGGGCCCGGAACCGGAACCAGAACCAGCGGAAGCGAAACCAGCGAGGGCCUWCAGAGGGUGAUUGCRCCCGUCAUGAUGGAAGAAACGAUUUCCUCCCUUCCAUCGCAGCCGAUAGGGCAACCGGGAGACCCUGCCGCAACGCUCGAUCUUGUGUACAAGGUGACCUCKCCGGGCCCGCUUUUUGGAAACGACCUGGUACCGGGAUCGCACCUCGGAAGGGUCACCUUCUCUUCGGACUACUCGUCGCAAGKCAACAACACGGCAGGAGAAAAGGAGGCCCYCGAKGGCAUCGGCAGCAGCAGCAGCAGGCCUAGUGGCAUUGUCACCACCAUGACCUGGAAGGUUGGAUUCGAGACRACCCGGCUGUGGCAAGUCUACCAGAAKGUGACGGAAUUCACCAUCGGAACGGCUUCCCGAACGGUYGCGGAAGCGGCGGGGACCCCCCGGCUGCUCACCCUCCGGGCCGAGCUCUCGGUGCMAGAACCACCCGGAUCCGGCGCAGGUUCACGAUUCGACGCCGCAGAGGCCGCGAGACGGGAGUGGCUCGGCUUUUUGUUUUCCGCGGAGGGGGGAGGCUUGCCGCUCCCGCCGCCCCUGCCCCUCGGCGGAAGCCCACCGGGGGAAGCCGGGGCGGCRACGCGAUCGAUCCUGCGCUUCCCGCCGGGGCUGGUCGAGACCGCCACGCUGGGCGGGACGAGCCCUUCCGUCGCGCACUACCGACUGGAGAAUCCCGGGUGGUGGACCUUCCCGUUCCUCGCCCAUACCCACCUGGGCCGGGUCACCUUUCGUYCCCUGCCGGCCGCAGGCGACCKCGGGGAAGGCCRGGGGGCGGCGGCACCGAGGGUGGGAAUGGUCUGGGAGGUCGAGAUGCGGCCCUAYCCCUUCGCGGGACCGGUCGUGGAGGCCCUCACCGAAGCGACCAUCUCCACCAUCGCCAAGAACCUUUCGGUCCGUCUUUCCGAGCCGGGGGCCAGGGUUCCACUGCUGCUGCUGCCGCCGCCGCCGCGGGGGGCAAGAAGCGACACGCCCGGCCCCGGGUCGGUGUCCGGGGCGACCUGGAUCGGUCGCGUCCUGGACGCCCGCCGUUCCGACCARAGGCCGGGCCCGGAACGAGCGCUCUCCCUGCUGCGGCCCUGGACCUGGGGCGAGAGGGAGCCGAGCACCAAAGGCGGGUGCGGGUGCGAAUUCGAGUGGUCGGACCGGGCCAUGGACGAGCCCCGGGGCCCCUAGUGGGGUGCUCUUUCCAGACCAAAACCACGAGGGGACGGGUUCGCCACGGUUCCGAGACGAGAGUGCCCGCGGCGGGCUUGUCGAAUCGAAUCGAGUCGAAUCGGAAAGAAACAAGGUUUUGUGGU